CAAAGUGCAUUGACUAUUGAACGCAAGGUUUUAACAGCUCUGAGAUUUUUAGCAGCAGGAAGUUAUCAGUUAGAUGUUGGGGAAAAUAGCCAUUCUUCAGUUAGUCAACCAUCGGUCAGCCGAAUAAUUGAAGAAUUUGUUAAUGCUGUGAAUAACCCAAGUAUUUUUGAAAAAUAUGUUUAUUUUCCCAGAAAUUUUGAGGAGCUAGAUGGUUCACGUCAACGAUUUUACAAUAAGUAUUCAUUUCCCGGAAUUAUUGGAGUAAUUGAUUGCACGCAUGUUGCAAUUGUGCCACCUAAAACUGAGGACAACUUGUACCCAGAGCAUAUUUAUGUAAAUAGAAAGGGAUACCAUUCUAUCAACACUCAACUGAUAUGUGAUGCAGAUUUAAAAAUAAUAAAUGUAUCUGCUAAGUUCCCGGGUUCUGCGAACGAUGCUUGUGUUUGGAACUCUAGCAAUGUAAAAACAUUUCUAAAGGACCUUCACGAAAAUGGUCAUGCAUCGUACUUCUUAUUAGGUGAUUCAGGAUAUGCCCUUCGUCCUUGGUUAAUGACUCCGUACUUGGAUCCUGCUCCACUAUCCCCCGAAGCUUCUUACAAUAAUGCAUUUUGUUCAAUUAGAUCAACAAUUGAACGAUGCAUUGGUGUUCUGAAAAUGCGAUUUCGAUGUCUAUUGAAACAUAGAGUGCUUCAUUAUACGCCAAAUAAAGCAUCCAAAAUAAUUAACACAUGUGUUGUUUUGCAUAAUAUGUGUAUUACAGACAACGUGCCAUUGGUUGAUGUUGAUGAAGAUGAGAUCAUUGACUUUGGUAUUUAUCAGACACUGGAUGAAGCUUUAUUGAAUAAUAGAGGAAUGGUCGACUUAAGAAAUCCUGAAUUAUCUAGUGGACGACAUAUUCGAGACCAAAUUGUUCAAACUUUAUUCAAUAAUUAA